CAGCUAACUCCAACGCCACACGGAUAAAUGAUGAAGAUCGAACAAGCUGAGUGAAUUGAUUGCGUGUUCUUCUUUCAUCCCUGUAUUCGCGGCGCGAGAAUAAACCACCUAUCAAGGCAGCUGACCAUGAUUUUUAUGUGACAAUGUAUGUCGAGUUCGUAAAUAGUUAGCUCCCAAGAACAUGGCAAUUCGACUUGUGCCCCAAAAUCAUGAGUGCAGAAAGGUUUUUGAUGCUGUCCUAGCUUAUUUUCUGUCCCGGACUCUAUUGAAGAAAUCUAUCUCGACGAUAAAAUUCAGCAAAGAAAAAUCUUGGUCCUCUAGCACUGCGGACUACACAAAAAAAAAAUCCUGCCACAGUUGUAAAUCGAUCCACGGACGUCGACCACGCGAUCUUCAAAUAAUUUGGAAGCAAGUUCCACAUCCAAUUCCACUCCGCUGAACUGCGAGUGCGACGACCGAUCUACUUCAUGGAAAUUAGAUAAAUGGCACUCGCACGACAAAAAAAGAUCCACUGCGCGCGGCCGUCCUUCUUGUCUCAGAUUUUCGAAGUGUAAAUGACUGACUUUUCUUCAUCUUUUUCAUCAUCCAGUGGGAGUUUAUUUUACAACUGUAUCGAUCAACAUUAGUUGUCUUGUCGUAAAGUUUUUGCACCAGCAGCGAACACUAUAAUUUCUUCAUCCUGUAGCUAGCAGUAUAUAGCCGUCACAUCACCAAACAAGAUACGUAGAAUUAUAUCAUUAUGGGUUCUAUCGACAACAUGAAGACUGUAUGGAGAAAAAAAAGUUUGUCACAGUCACUAAGGUGCAGGGUUUGCAUUACAAAUUUUUUUUGCAUCACAGCGGUUCCUUUUAUUGCAGAAACACUAGGGAAAUCCCUUAUGAAGUGUGGCUGUGAUGCAUUUUUACGCAUGGCAGACAGAUUUGUCUUGCAGAAAUGCCCAUGAGUGAUCGUGACGAACUUUUUCUUUUGAUAGACCGCGAAAGACAUGGAAGGCCUUCUGAAGGACUUUUGUGUGGAAGUCUCGGCCGAGCAGAACAUGGACAUCUCCUACGAGCAGAUCCACGAGGUUGCGGAGAUCCACCUCGAGGAGAAGAAGUUCACCGACAACGCGCUGAAGACCGCGGACUGGGCGGUUUUAAGCAAGAAGAUUCCCACCCUAAAGGCGCUGGCUGUGACGGGGUGCGAAUUGGAAAAGAUCGCGGAGCCGGAGAAGGUGGUCGAGGAGCUGGAGGUGUUGGAUUUGACCGGUAACAAAAUCUCGGACUUGCACUUUCUCAAGAACUAUCCAGUGCAAAAGUACUAUCGUACUCGUAGUAGUUGGUGUUGGAUUCCCAUUAUGCAUCACAAAUCCUUAUCUCAAGGUAAAACAGCAUGACAAGGUCCAUUUGUCAUGCUGAGGUAAUUUGUAAUGCAAUUACGACGAGUGCGAUGCUUUUGCAAUUUAUAAGAACACGGGCGGCGACAAGGUGUACGAACACGUGAAACCGGACAAGAACGACGACGGCGAGGAACAGCCGAUGGAAAAAACCUCCAAGUUCCCCCGAAUCGUGCACCUGACCCUGUGCGACUGCCCCAACUUGGACAAGACGGGAUUCGAGGAAGGCGUGAAGCCGGGUCUGGAGGCCGUAAAAGACUCCCUGUCCAUGUUAGAAGCCAACCACUUGUUCGGGUGUAAGGAUGAGGACGAACUGCGAGACAAGCUGUUCAAGAUGCUGCCCAGUCUGUACUGCUUCAACGACAAGGACGUCACUGGCGUAUUGUGAGGAAAAAUCCCCCCUCCCCAUAUCAAAACGGAAAUCUUUGAUGCAGAUUUGUGGCCACAAAUCAGCUUUGUCAUGCUAGAAGGGAAAUAAAGAUGCGGGCUGUAGCGCAGGGGAGCGUGCUGGUAAAGCCUUGCAUCUUCAGCAUGACAGGAGGCGGCUGGAAUGGGGAAACAGCAUGACAAAUUUCCUGCCAACGAGGCCACGACUGCGGCUCUUGGCGUUCUAGCAAUACAAGUCGACUUGUGUACUCAAAUACAGCAUCACGAGUUUCGUUUUCGACAUGGGGAGGGGGGAUUUGUCCUUUUGAUAUGCGGAGCCGGUUGACCACUCUCUCGAGGAGGAAAACUUUGCGGACCUGUCCCCGGCGGAUAUUGAGGAAUUCGAGCAAUUGAUGGCAAUGGAAGGUGGGGAAGACGACGAGGAGGAGGAUAUUGUGAGCAAAAACGUCCCCACCCCAGAGUUGUCAUGCAUAUCUGCAUGCUCGAAAUGUUUGUCAUGCGGAGCCCCAUGAGAAGCUUUUUCUAGCUGUGUUUUGGGAUUUGUCAAGCUAUAAUCAGCAUGAUAUGCUAGACCUGUGAUGCUGCUGAACUACUUAAACAGGAUUACGCUACAAGGACAAGCCAAGGACAAGCUUGUCAUGCGCAACAACGAAAGCUGGUAGAGAUUUGUCUAGCAGAUUCCACAUCUUGACUCUGGGGUGGGGACGUUUUUACUUAGGAUAGAGGACGAUGAAGACGCUGUGGUUGGAGAGGAAGGCGACGAGGAUGACGAGGACGACGAAGAAGAAGAGGAGGAGGACGAUAUCCCGUGUAAAAUAAACGUCCCCGCCAUCUCCUCGUUCCGCCGUCCAGAGUUGUAUAAUAUGCAAACCUGCGACUGCGUCAUGCCUAAAAUGUUUCUCAUGCGCGUCCACUCGAGUGCGAGCUGCAUCAUUUUCUAAUGCUAUCUGGGAACUUCUGAUGCGAGAAUACGGAUGAGAUGGCCAAUUUGUAGUGAUCAUGCCGCUCCUGCACUAGCGAAACGCGUUUUUUAUGCUACGAGUAGUCUAAACGUGUCAUGUGCAGCAUGAGUCAAAGCUUGUUGAUCUGUGUAGCAAAGUCUCCAGCACGAUCGUGCUGACUCUGGGGAGGUGCUGGUGGGGACGUCGCUUUUACUCAGGAUAGAAGAGGAGGAAGAGGGUGAAGAAGACGAAGAGGAAGAACCGGCCGCCAAGAAGGCCAAGACGGAGUAAAAGAAAACGUCGACGUUGUUUUGCUAGAAGUUCGAGAAGAAGAUUGAGGACCACUUACAAUAUUGACAUUAGCUCCACAUCAUCUCAUGGUUUGGUGCUGAAACAAGAACGGGUCUGAUAUAUUUUUCCUCCAAGAACGCCAAACAAUAGUAUAUCAUGACGCAACUACGGGAGGGUGCUUUGCGACAACGUACUGCAACAUGAAAACUCAAACUCAAUGAAGCAAAUAUAAUUUUUCUAGUUUUACUACACGAAACUAUUGACAACUAUUGCAACGAACGAUUUUUACUACUAUGAUCCAGGACCAUGAUUGCCAACACCACGACGCCUGAUAGAAGCCAAACCUUGACCUGCACCUUCUAUAAUUCUGCCUGCAAAACAACCUACACAACGACUUUUCUAGACAGAAAUACGAUUCAUCUACUGUCUGUGGUUGCACGAGGAGAACCCACGACCAGGAGGAUCACUCAUUCUCUGCUGCCUCAACCUGUAAAAACUAUGUCUACAAAGAACUAGCGCCCUGCUGGAUCGUGUUUAGUACCACGCUUUUGGAGAUUAUGUACUACUUACACCAGAGAAUAUUAAACGCAAAAAAACACAAAAACGAAAAAAUCCUUCGGCGUGAAAAAUCGAAUUCGGCGGAUAGGAAAACGGCGAUCAUGCUUCAGCUACCGAAUGUCUGCAACUCAAGAUAGCGCCGUGCUUCUCUAUAGAAACAAGCACUGCGGAACCAGAAGCAAAGCCAAAUGCUAGCACAACACUAACGACUAGAGGAGCAGUGCAAUACCUUCGCGGAUGACGAGGUGGAAAGAUGCUUUCGUGCAUCAACUGACUCGCUUUUUUCGAUUCGAUCGUUGGAGACCAAAAAAAUACGAAAAUAACAACUCUUGUGCGUGUUGCCGCGCUUGUCAUA